AUGGGCUUUGGGUGUGUUUCUAAAGUCCAUUUCAUAUGGGAACUUGAAGAAUGGGAAAAUGUCGACCUGCAAUUGUGGCCAAACCGUCUCGUAUCGUCGAAUAGAGCGGUAGAUGGAAAAGGGUGUUUGGGACGAGGUCCCUCAGUUAUAGGGAUUGUGUCAUGCGAGCUUCAGCUGGAAGCUCCUCCAAUUGCGUUAAUAGGCAUGGAAAGCCUAAAGCUUUUCGGGGAAUUGUGUUAG